CCAGAGUUUCUCAACGCAGAGAUGCAGAAAGCAUUUCGACUACAUAUCUCUUGGCAAACAUUGGGGAGUAAACAAAGAGGGACCUUUGGGUUCCACGUGAUUUUUCAGUUUUACUCAGAGUUAUGAUGUUCUAUGCUUCAUUGUGAAAAUCAUUUAUAGAAAAACAUGUGCAAAACGUUCAUUUUAUUACUCUGUUUAUCUUCUGUUUCUAGCGAAAUCGUUAAUAUAGGUGCAAUAUUCGAAGAGCAUUAUGAAUACCUACAAUGGGCUUUCAGGUUAGCCGUGGACCAAGUUAACAGAAAUCAAAGUAUCCUUCGUAAUAUGAAAUUGCGAACUUCCAUCAGUAUAGUAAAGAAAAAUGAUGGAUUUUUCUCUGCUAAAAGAGCUUGUGAAAUGGUAAAUGAAGGUGUAGCGGCAAUUUUUGGGCCACAGUCAGUUCGAAGUGUUGCAGCUGUGCAAGAAGUAACGGAAUCUGUAGGAAUUCCACUUAUCAUAAAUCGCUGGGAAUACAGAACAAAACCAAAUAACACUACAGUAUUUUUACAUCCUCACGCAGACGUUAAAGGUUAUGCAUUUAGGGAUUUCACUGAAUCCAAGCGAUGGAAGUCAUUUGCUAUUAUAUAUCAAGAUCCUAAAGCAUUAAUUCGUCUAAGCGCAGUUCUAUCGGGAGUGAGGAACAUGGAGUUAGAUAAUAAUCUUAAUAUCACGAUAAAACAAUUAGAGCAUCCUCAACAGCUAAGAAAAAUAUUUAAAGAAACAAAGAAGAUGAAUAUUAGAAAUUAUAUAAUCGAUAUUGGUACUCAGGAUGUAAUUUGGGUUUUAGAACAGGCAAAAGAGAUGAAUAUGAUAGACUUUUAUCACAAUUUUUUCUUCACUUCUUUGGAUGUUCACACACAAGAUUUUAAACAGUUUCAAGGAAUUUAUUGCAAUAUUACUAUGUUUCAAAUUGUAAAUACCAAUCACUAUCAAUAUAAAACAAUUAUAAAGGAAAUGGAGACAGGAAUUUCUCAUAUUGGUGUAAAAGAAAAAAUCAAGCCUUAUUUGAAUACCACACAGUUUGCACUUAUGUAUGAUGCAGUAUUUUAUUUUGCAACGGCUCUGACGAAGCUUGGAUCUUAUCUUCAACCGACUACCGUUUCGCUUUCAUGUAACUCAACAAAUAAAUGGUCACAAGGAAAAAUUAUAAUCGAUGCAAUGAAAUCAAUUAAUUAUGAAGGAUUAACUGGUGUUAUUAAUCUAGAUGAGAAUGGUUUCAGAACCAAUUUUAACUUAUUAGAGACUAGAUUGCUGUGGGGAAAAUUAAACGUGGUAUGUAACUAUUAUAAAUAA